UGAAACCAGGAUUUCAUACAUGCUAUGAAAGUGCUCUGGCACUUGAGCUACGUCCCCUGCCAGGGCCUUUUUGAGUGUGUGGGGUGUCUUCCCACAUCUCUCUUUAGGGGAGAAAAAUGUGGCUGCCUGUAACAUCUUUCCCUGUCUCUUCUUGCCCUCAAAGACCCCUGAUGUUAAUCCCCUCAUUGCAGAGCAGUGCUGGCCUGCUGGGCUCUCUGAGGAGGUGUGGUCUGAGGGCCAGGCUCCAGGGACAGAUGGCAUCAGCUCUUGCCCUGCUCUGCCUCCUCUCCUUCCAGAUACCUCAUCACCCAUUGUCAGGGCAGGGAGGUGCCCUGGCCUGAAGUGGGGGACAUCCGGCUGUUUGACCUUAAAACCAUGUCUGAGCCCUAAGUCAAAGGAUCUCAAGCCUUGUCUGUAAAGUAGGGGACCUGGCCCUCCCAGUGCUGAUAUUCCUAGACCCGUGAGGGACCUGCAUCCUGGUGGAGGGGCCAGGCAGGCGCUGGGUGAGUUGGGGUCCUGGGCCUUUGGGCCCUGAUGGAGGAGGGGCCGCUUUCCUCCAGACUUUCAGCUGCAACCAACAGGGAACUCAUUCCUAGCCAUCCACCCUCUUUAUUGGGAGAGAAAGCCCAGGGGGCCCAGGAAGGGGCAGGGAUGCGUACAGGGUCCCUCCGGGAUCUGAGGCGGGACUGAUGGGGUAGGCUGGGUGGGACAGGACAGGCCUUAGCUGCUUCUAGCUGUUGUAGAUGUGUUGCCCUCCUGUGCUGCUGUGUAGUUUCUUUCUCCUGCGGAUAGGGAAAGGGGCAAAUCACAUCAAGGGAGUCACACCAGCCUUGCCAACAUUCCACUAACUCCUGAGACCCAGCGAGACCAGGAGCGGAGGAUUCGAAGGGAGAUCGCCAACAGCAACGAGCGGAGGCGUAUGCAGAGCAUCAACGCAGGCUUUCAGUCUCUCAAGACCCUCAUUCCUCACACGGAUGGGGAGAAACUCAGCAAGGCAGCCAUUCUCCAGCAGACAGCUGAAUACAUCUUCUCCUUGGAGCAGGAGAAGACCAGGCUUCUGCAGCAGAACACACAGCUCAAGCGUUUCAUCCAGGAGCUGAGCGGUUCAUCCCCCAAGCGGCGGCGGGCAGAGGACAAGGACGAGGGCAUUGGCUCGCCUGAUAUCUGGGAGGACGAGAAAGCCGAGGACCUGCGGCGGGAGAUGAUCGAGCUGCGGCAGCAGCUGGACAAGGAGCGCUCCGUGCGCAUGAUGCUGGAGGAGCAGGUGCGCUCGCUUGAGGCCCAUAUGUACCCGGAAAAGCUCAAGGUGAUCGCACAGCAGGUGCAGCUGCAGCAGCAGCAGGAGCAGGUGCGGCUGCUGCACCAGGAGAAGCUGGAGCGGGAACAGCAGCACCUGCGGACCCAGCUCCUGCCCCCUCCGGCCCCUACCCACCACCCCACGGUGAUUGUGCCUGCACCAGCCCCUCCUCCCUCGCACCACAUCAACGUCGUCACCAUGGGUCCCUCCUCUGUCAUCAACUCCGUUUCCACAUCCCGGCAAAAUCUGGACACCAUUGUGCAGGCGAUCCAGCACAUCGAGGGCACCCAGGACAAGCAGGAGAUGGAGGAGGAGCAGCGGCGAGCUGUCAUCGUGAAGCCGGUCCGCAGCUGCCCGGAGGUCCACACCUCUGACACCGCCUCAGACUCUGAGGCCUCAGACAGCGAUGCCAUGGACCAGAGCCGGGAGGAGCCGUUGGGGGAUGGGGAGCUUCCCUGACCACCCCCCCAGCCCUCCUCUCCCUUCUGGGGGCUGGAGGGGGCCGGGGCAGCAACAGGGAGAAAUGUGGGUGAAUGAGUGAGAAAUUUUUACAAAAUUACGAUGUCAUUUGGGUCUCUUUUAUGACCUCUUUUUCAAUACUGUAAAUCGACCUUUGAACGAAGCCACUCAAGCCAAGGUUCCGGAGCUGGGGUGGUGCAGAGCGCGUGGGAGCACCGGGACCCCAGGGCUGGGCCUCGGCCCUGGGGGCUGGAGAAGCUGACACUGAGGUGCCUGGCCUCUCUCUGCCAAAAAGCAUUUUUUUCAUUUUUUUAAGAACAGGGAAAAUCAAACAAAACCCCAAGGCAUUUCCUCCCUCCCCAGAGCCAGCUCUGCGACUCAGCCCUUAAUCCCGCUUCCCUCCUCUGUUUGGUUUUCUUCUUUCUCCUUUAAGCACUUACAUGGGUUGGGGGUCAGGCUGGGUUGGGGCUUUCUGGGGGCCCGGGGGUCUUUGUUGCUUCUCGGUUGGGGUUUGCUGCUGCCCUUCUUCCCUCCCCCUCCCCAUCUCAGCACCGGGACCCACCACUCUCCACCUCCCCACCGUUCCCUCCAGGGUUCCCAUCUUUGACCCCAAAAAAUGUCUUUGUCUCUCUCUUUUUGUUUGUUGUUGGUUUUAUUUUGUUUUUGGUUUCUGUAUUUUUUUUUUAAAACAAUUUUGGUCUUUGUGUCCAAGGAGAAGCUAUUAUAUUUUGUUAAGAAA